AUGCAGCCUGAAUCAGCCACAGCACAACCGCAACAAGGUGGCCAUAAGCUUGUGCUCGAGUAUCUCAAAUCAUUACAACCGCGUGAUUGUCUUUGGAACUUCCGGUUUUAUGCCGACGAGAUUGCAGACCUUGCGGUUGCCUUGUGCAUACCAGAUCCAUUUAGGACCCCUUCACGGUCAAAAUUUAGUGCCGUUGAAGCUCUUGCUCUACUCCUUGCCCGGUUCCGGACAGCAGGUGAUGAACAUCUCUUAGUCCAGCGCUUCGAUCGCAGUCAAUCAGCUAUAUCCGAGGUUGUCAAUGCUCUAAUGAUAUUUCUUGAUGACCAUUGGAAGCACCUACUUGAGCCUUGUGACGAGAAUCCUCUCCUAAAGCCUGUAAAGCUCGCAGAGUAUGCUAAUGCUAUUCAUGCUGCUGGGUCACCCCUUCCUACUGUGUGGUGUUUCAUUGAUUGCACGAUUCGCUACAUGUGUCGACCAAGUCAAUAUCAGCGACAAGCCUACAAUGGAUACAAAGGCCGACAUUCACUCAAAUUCCAGGCACUGAAAUUG